AUGCUGGACCCCCCCACGUUGCUGCGGUGGGCGCUGGCCGUGUGGGCGCUCGCCGCGACGAGUGUGACCGGCGCAGCGCUCGCCACCCCUGGCACGCGUGCGCCAGCUGCAUCUGCCUCUGUGGCGUGGGCGGUCCAGGUGUCGGACCUGCACAUCAGCCGCUUCAAGCACCCGGCUAUCGCGCCAGACCUAGUGGCAUUUGGGGAGUCUGUGCUCGCCGCGCUGCGCCCGUCGGCGCUGCUGUUGACGGGGGACCUGGUCGACGCCAAAACCGCCAGCCAGGAGGGCAGCCAGCAGUACCCCCAAGAGUGGCAGGCAUACGCCGCCGCCUGGCGUGGAGCGGCAGCUGCCGCGGGGCUGGACGCCUCUCAUGUCAUCGACAUGCGCGGCAAUCACGACGUGUUCGAUGCAGCGAGGGGGGAGCCCUCUGGGGCCGACCGCUUCGCAGAGAGCUCCGCCACCGCCGCCGCGCUCGGCGCGGCGGGCGCGGCCGCGCGUGUGCGCGUGACUGAGAUCUCGCCGCGGCUGGUGGUGCGGCUGGGGGGCGACGCGGACGCGGACGCGGGCGCAGCAGCGGUGACCGCGCAGGAUGGGGACCGCGGUGGUGGCAGCUGCCCUGCGGCUGUGCUGAUAGGAGUGGAUGCGACCCCAGAUGUGCGGAUGUACGGCUACACGUGA